AUGGCCGCCGCAACGAAGCCGCAACAGCAGCAGCAGCAGCAAACGCUGAAGCUGCCCAAAAACAUCGAGGACGACGAGCGCGAUGUCGCCGACCUCUGGACCGAAGCCCUCAAGGCGUACAGGGGCAUCGUCGGUUUCGACCUCACCGUACGAACGCCCGCCGCCAACGUGCAGGCGCUCGUCGACCUCGGAACCGACGAGAUGAAGAAAUUCCACAAGUUCCGCCACGACGACAAGAAGGUCGAUACGCUCCGCAGCCUGCUCUCCCAGAACCUUGGCUUAAUCGAGCAGAGCGCGCAGCAGCUCAUCUCGGCCGCCACGCCUGCUUUCCCGCCGGCCGCCGCCAUCGGCACUGCCGUCACCUGGAUGCUGAGCGCGUGCCGGCAGGUCUCCGCUGACUACGACGUCGUCGAGGUGUUCUUCAACGACAUGAACAGCUUCCUGAAUCGCGUCGUCAUCCUGGAGAAGAGGAUGCCGCAGCACCGAGCCUACCGGAACUGCCUGAUGGAGGUUUUUACGGCCUUCCUGAAGAUGUGUGGCUUUGCCACCGAGUAUACCAAACUUGGACGCUUCAAGAAAUGGAUCAUGAACCUCAUGAAAGGCGAGGACGGCGAGCUCGGUGGCGCUCGGAAGGACAUGGACCUCAAGCUCGACCGCCUUCGCGACGCAACCCACUUCGCCAUCCUCGGUAACACGGAAGAGCUCAAGAAGAUGGACCGUGAGCUGCUCGAAAACCAGCAGGCGCACACCCAGAUGCUCGAGGCCCAGACCUCUAUGCUGCACAACCUGCUCGACGAGAGCCAGGGCAUGCGCAGCGACAUCGCGAAGCUGCUCGAGGCGUUCGAGAAGAAGGACUCCGAGACCAAGGGACAGGCGAAGGCGCAGGCCAUGGGGCAGAGCAAGGGCGCUUCAGCCCAUCGCAUCCGCAGCCUGCUCCCUGACGUGGAAGGCGAGGGCGCCGAGUACCAGAUCCUCAAGGAGACCAUAGUCGACGGCACAUGCACAUGGGUCUUCGCUCAGCCGGCGUGGCAAGCCUGGAUCGAGAGCCUCGACGGCGAGCAUGGUGCGCCGCCGAGGCUGCUCGCUAUCACGGGCGAGCCGGGCACGGGCAAGAGCCACAUCGCCGCAACCGUCUACGACCAGCUCCACCGCAAGGCGACCGAGGACGCCGAGCGGCACAUCUGCGCUGCGCACUUCUACUUCCGCGAGCAGCACCCCGGCCUGUCGACCCUUCUCAACGCUCUCAUCACGACCGCCAACCAGAUCGCGGAGCAGAGCCCCAUCCUGUGCGAGAAGAUCUACAGCCAGCUGCUGCGCGUCGACAUCCUGAUCGACGUGACGCAGCAGAAAAGCCUCCUGCACAACAUCCUCGAGCCGUGCUUCGAGGCGCGCGCCAAGCACCGGUUGUUCCUCGUGCUCGACGGCGUCGACGAGCUGAGCGACCCGGAGAAGGAACUGCUCAGCGAGUUCUGGCAGCACGUCGUGUCGGCGAACAUGCGCAUCUCGCUCGUCGUCACUUCUCGGCCUGGCGGGCUGGGUAGGCUCGCCGACCCGGAGAAGGCGGCGCCACUGACGAUCAACGCGACGAAGGAGAACCAGAUGUCGGACCUUGCGGCGCUCGUUCGGAGCCGGCUCGGCAAUCUCGGCGCUUUGAAGCGGUUCGGUCCGUACGUGAAGCAGAAGAUCUCGGAGAAGAUUGAAACCACGGCACCUAACUUGCUGUACGCACAGCACAUGCUCCGCCGAUUCGAUGCCAUCGGCCGCGAAGGCGCCGUUCUCCGCCAGCUUGACCAGCCCAUGCCGCCAACACUCCACAGCCUCUACGAGGUUAUGCUCGCGGAAUGCCAGCGCCGCACCGUCGCCAGCCGUCAGCCUGUCGUCGCUACGCUCCUCCGAUGGAUCUCAUUUUCUUUCCGCCCACUCGUACUCGACGAGGCCGUCUCUUUGCUUCGCUAUACGUCUGGCGAUAGUACGUUUGACCUUGACGAGAUUCCGGAGCUUAUGACGCGGUUCAUCCGGAUCGGCGACCCCGGUAAGGGCUCGGAGGUCGGAGAGACGACCGAGAUAGAGUAUCUCCAGACCGGCGGCAUCAACGAGCCCGUUUACAAUGACGGACAGCUGCCGCUAAAGUUUCGCCAGCGCUCUAUGAGGUCGUUCUUCCGCGAUGCCGCAUCCGAGUCAGAGUCCGACACCACCAAGAGUCUUCUCGCGACGCCAUCGGAAGCCCAUCGCCUGAUCUUCCUCACUGCGGCAAACAUGGCUCGCCCGGCGCCAGAGGAAGCGGUUGACAAGUUGGAUUCGGGUCUGGCUACCUACGCGACGCUGUAUUUGAUGGACCAUUGGAUUGGAAUCGAUCCAGGGGACCACUCGGUCGAGGAACGCACCGAAGUGAUGGAGGCGCUCGCUUUGGUCAUGUCGAACGAGCACGGCUACGCCAAGAUGGCGGAGAUCGCCAAGGUUGACUACAAGAGAGAUUUCAACGACGAUGUUCUCAAGAGGAUGGGCUUGUGGGCGAAUCUGGCGACAGAAGGCACUCAGCUGCAGCUGAGCUCCAGCGCCGCCGAGUGGUGGAAGCGCGUUGCCCAGAAGCCCGCCACCGGCCUGCUCGAGCUCGCCAAGGGGCACUUCCAGUUGGUGUACCAAGCGCCAAACGCACCGUCGGCAGCGGAAUCGUACAAAUUGGCGCGAGCAGCUCUAGUUCAGAGCGGCUACGGCAACAAACUGGCUCUCCAAGCGGCCGAGAACUUCCCAUCUACCGACGGCGACGGCGAAGCGCCCGACGCCGAUCAUGUGCCCGACGAGGCAGAAGGUGUUCUCGGGCUGGGGGGUCUCUUCGGCGACAUGGAGUUGGACGCAGGGGCGUACCGCGCGAUUGGGUCACUCCUACUGUUAUACGACCAUCACGAAGAGGCGCGGUCAACCUGCCAGAGAGCCUUGGAGUGCAGCCCCAGCCCGGUGGAGACUUUUAAGAUCUUCUACCUGAGGGCCAUGUCCGAGUGGAAGCUGGAUCUGCUCCAGGAGGCCAGCCACAGCAUCGCCGACUGCCUGACCGGCAUCGACACGGACGGCGUGACGGAACUCUUCAAGCGUUGGGCUUACAUUACAAAAGGCAGGAUCGAGGCCAAGCUCGGCAACAGCGCCGUCGCCGCCGAGUCGUACAGCAAGGCCAAGACGUACGACUCGACCACCCUCAUCUGGGGCAACAUCCUGGACGAGGAGAUUGCCAUCUACAAGGACGCCGACGACUACGCCGGCCUGCUCGGCGUCCUCAAGAAGUGGACGCCCAUCGAGCGUCUCACCUGGCUGACCUGGGACUACGCCAGCCCCGACAAGGACCGCGUGCGGCACAUAAACUUCCAGGACGCGGCGGCGCGCGCCGGCGAGCAGGCGUACAUGGUCGCCGUCUACGAGGAGGUGAUCGCGCACCUCGACAACUUCGACGCCGCGGCGCCGCUGCGCUGCGACCUUGCCGACGCGUACAUGCUCGUGUGCGGCGACGCCGAGGGCGCCAAGCGCGUGCUCGACGAGGUGCUCGACAGCCGUUCGACGGGCCACGCCUACAAGUUCACGAGCGAGGACCCGCGCUCGGUGCUACAGCGGACCAUCAGCCUGCAGUCGCGCGUGCUGUUCGAGCUCUUCGCCGCGUCGCGCGACCCGGCCGUCAAGAGUAAGCUCCUAGACGAGGUGAACGGCUUUAUGAAGCGGCCGCUGGCGACGUCCGUGUCGUCCUCUCACGCGACGGCGAUGCUGCACCACGACAUCACCGUGGCGCGCAUGACGCUGAAGGUCGGGCCGCGGCUCGAGUUCCAGAAGCGCAUGCAGAAGGUCUUCGACGCGUGCUUCGAGGCGCUCGAGGACAACGUCGGGUGGAACGAUGGGUGGAGCCUGAUGCUGCUGUCGCAGGCGCUGGCGCACCUGAGCAGGGCGGUGCGCAGCGGCGAGAAGCUCUGGCACGCGGGGCGCGUGCUCCUCUCGGCGAUAUUCUCAAGGCUCGAUCCCGACGUCAGCAUCGUCCUGCACGCGGACAACGAGGACGAGGACGAGGACGAGGAUGAGGACGCCGACCCGGACAACCCGUUCCUCGACAAGGACGGGGAGGCUCCCCCGGAGGACGAAGGAGACCUGACGCACAUCCCCGGAGUCUGCGAUGGCACCAUUUGCAGGCCGACGGCCACGUUCAAGUGGUGGGGAGGGCGUUCGGGUCAGCUGUGCCUCGACUGCAACGACUGUCUCUUCUGCGAGCAGUGCUACGCGGUGCUGCUGGCUGACAAGACGGGCGAGCAGCCGUUCCAGAGCCGGCGGUUCUGUGGCCGGCGACACGAUCACAUCAAGGCUCCCAUCGAGGGAUGGCGAGGCGUCAAGGAUGGGAUCAUCAAUAUCGAGGGAAGCGAAAGCAUGAGCAUCAGCGUUAAUGAUUUCUUGACGAACGUCCGCGACGAACUAAUCAAGGGCGCGUGGGACCAGUUCUGGGAGGGCUAG